GCUCGAUAAUCACGAUAAUUUCGCGACAAUCGCGACGACCGUGCCACGCCGCGUCACGCGUGUUGUAUGUACGUAAACUGGCGAACGUUAGAUAUUCCCGGAGGUGCGUGCGGAUAUUACAGAGGAUCCUUCUAAAAUUCCAUUCUUUUCGACAAAUGCAGUUUUUUUUUCUCGGAAUAUCCGCGGGCAAAUUAGCGGACCGAUAUGAUUGAACUCGCGGCUCGUAUUCGCGUUAACAAACGCGAAUCUCGGAGAAGACGCGUUUCCUGCGAGAUUAUGGAUUCCCGGAAGUUGACGAUUGGCACAAAUGGCUAUAUAGUCGCGAUAAUCGCGUUGGGCGUAUCGUGUCUUAAGCUUGUGUAAACUCUCGGCUUUCGGCGCUCGGUGCUCGCUGAAACGAUUGGUUUAGUGUGCUGUACACGUAUAUACAUAUAUUGAUAUACGCCAUAUAUAUUAUAUAUAUAUAUAUAUAUAUAUAUAUAUGUAUACAUUUAUGGAACUAAACAAUAUCCGCCGCGCACCUUCGUGCUCCACGUCCCUGGACGUGAUCGGAGCUCCCCCACCAGCGGGGUGCGCUCACUGCGCGCACGCCGUCGCGCGAACGUUUCGUCCAAGUCGUCCGGCAGCGGCCGAGCACGUAUGUGACAUGGCGUCCGGGUAGAAAGAAAGUUUAACUGCUAAAUAAACGUUAAUGUUGUUUUUAUGACACUGACCGAACGAAAAGGGAACAUCCGAGGCCGCGAAUUUCCCACAGACACUGGCAUUGAUGGUAAUGCAUGCGAGGAAACCUCAAAGGAUCAGCGAUGGAACUCAAAGUACAGCAGUUCUAAGGGUGGCUAUUCUUCCUCGACCACGUCAUCGGACAGUCGCUACGAAGGACGUAUGCGCGACUCUCCAAAUGGUAACUCUUACAGUCCAGCCGGCAGCUUGGGAAUGGGCAUGGGGACGGACCGGGACAGCCCUCGGAAUUACACAUCCAAGCCUCUUUAUAAGAAGGAGAGAGAAAAUAGAGACUAUAAACUAUCCUCCUCUAGGGACAAGUAUUCCGAUUGUGCACGAUCCCUAAAAGACAAGAGAAGCCGUGAGAGCAGGGAUUCAGAACACAGGACCAACCAUGAUAGGAGUAGUGGGGAGAUCUUACAUCCCUUAAAAUUAUCAUCAAAUUCAUCAAGGGAAUCUUCAUCCCAGAGAAAACCAUCACACAAUUCCUGUCAGGAUAAACGUGGUGAUGAGCGAGGAGGUGCAACGGAACGGACAGCCAGAUUUGGCGAUUGGUCCGAACACAUGAGUUCGUCAGGAAAGAAGUAUUAUUACAACUGCAAGACGGAAGUUUCUCAAUGGGAAAAACCACGGGAAUGGAUCAGUCGAACAGAUAAUCGUCAACGCCAAUCUAGUGACUAUUCUUCUAGGUCAAGUCAUGAUAAACAUUCCAACUCGCGAUCAAAUAGCAGUAGCAGUAUGCGAGAUGGUAAAUCGUCGCGACAGUCUGACAAACGAGAAUACUGGAGCUUAUGUAGCGCGAGCGGUGGUGGCAGUAGCAGAGAUGAUGUUUCUGCAAGGGAGAGGGAGCGGGAAAAAGAACGGGAAAGAGAACGAGAACGAGAAAGAGAGCGAGAACGUGAACGUGAACGAGAAAGGGAAAGAGAAAGAGAAUCUAGAGAAUGUAGAGAAGAAGUUAGUGUAGAACGCCAAACUCAAGAUAUGGAUAUCUCGCCAGGUGAUUCUACACCUACUUCGGAACCUUUAACGUCAUCCUGCGCUCAUGAUCCACUGCCACAAGGCCCUGUUCUCCUGGCCGCUGCGUUACCUCGAUUAACAUCACAUCCAUCGUCAACAACACCACAGGCAACUGGAAAACUUAGUUCGCCAACGCAACAACAGGGAAGUAGUAAUGCUCCGGGACCACCGGUGUCACUAGCAAAUCUCCCAAGACUACUGUCACAAAUUACGGGCAACAAAGAACAACCUGACAUCACACCACAAAAAGCGUUACAGACAAUUCAAACAGCUAUCUUGCUAUCCCGACAACAGUCUGUUAGUGGGGAUCGAACUAAUACUGGAAGUGAUGUGAUGGUUCCAUUAAAAGUUGAUACAAGUGGCAAUAUUACCAGCGAGGGUCCACCUACUCCCACACAUUCAGAAACCCAGGAUUGUAUUGAUGCGCGAAAAUUGACAAGUCCUGGAGGAACGAAUUCCGGAGUACAAGGUCUAAGCUCCUUGCAAAGUCUCAGUACAUUAGGUUCUCUUGGAAAUUUGAGUAAUACAGGAGGUUUACAGGCAUUGUCAAGAGUACAGCCUCCUUUAACACCUUCUUUAACACCAUCUCUCGCUAAUCAUUACCGGGAAGACUUGACACAGCAUGUGCGUGCUUUUCCCGCUGAUAUUCUCGAAAAACAGGCACAGAAACUUAGUGAGGAAGCACAUACAAUGGGCAGUUUGCAGUGUACGAGAGUGUCCGCAGAAUUGAAGACGGCACGAUCGAUAGUGAGGCUGACAGAAAUUCAGGCAACGUUACAGGAACAAAGGAUAUUAUUCCUCCGUCAACAAAUUCAAACACUAGAGGAGUUAAAAUCCCAAAAUUCCUUCAUGUCUGAUGAUUCUUAGUGUAAGAAUCUUUAUAAAAUAAUUAUGAUUACAAUCUAUAAUUAAUUCAAGCAAAA